AUGGGCAGCGCUUGGGACUGGCUCGUGCUGCAGGUGCCGCUGUGGCCGCUGCUGGAGGGGGACACGGUGACACUGCGCUGCCGGGGCUCGGGGGACAAGUCUGUCACCGGGGUGACAUUCUACUAUGGGGACGAGGACGUGAGGAGGAUGUCCCUCCGUGGGACCGAGCAGUCCCUGUCCCUGUCCCCGCUGCAGCUGCACCACCGCGGCCGCUACCGCUGCCGGGGCUCGAGCUCUUCACCGUGCCGGUGCUGGAGGGUCCCCCCCGAGAUCACCGAGGGGUCCCCCCUCAAUCUCAGCUGCCUCAGCACCCCCAGCCCCCUGCGGCCCCGAGCCCCCCUCCUGCACCUCUUCUACCGGGACGGGCAGAGGGUGGGGGGCCCGCAGGAGUCCCCGCAGCUCCGGGUGCCCGCCGUGGGGGUCUCCGACUCGGGGAAUUACAGCUGCCAGGUGCGCUCCGAGAGCGGAACCGUGCGGAAGAACAGCAGCAAUGUCCACGUCACGGUGCGCAGGGUCCCGCCCUCGGGGGUGUCCCUGCGGGCGCAGCCCCCCGGGGCACAGGUGGCACUGGGGGACCGCCUGGAGCUGCGCUGCGCGGUGGCCGCGGGGACAGGUCCGCUGUCCUUCAGCUGGCACCGGGGGGGCUCGGGGGCACCGCUGGGCACCGGCCCCCGCCUGGAGCUGCGCCGCCUUGGGGACAAUGACAGCGGCCGCUACCACUGCCGGGUCAGCGACGGGGACAGCGUGGCCGAGAGCGUCCCCCUGAAUGUCACCGUCCUGGUGCCCGUGGCCAAUGCCACCGUCACCCCCGGUCCCCCGGCGCUGCGGGUGCGCGCAGGUGAGCCCGUGACCCUGCGCUGCUCGGUGCAGGUGGGCUCGGCCCCUGUCACCUUCACCUGGCUGCGCGACGGGCAGGAGGUGGCCCGGGGUCCCCUCCUGGAGCUCGGGGACACCGAGAGGCGACAUUCGGGCACCUACCAGUGCGUGGCCACCAACCAGCUGGGACGGGACGGGCACCGCGUGUUCCAGGCGCUCAGCGCCGAGCUGGCCCUGGAGGUGACAACGUGGGGACACCGGGACACAGCAGUGGCCGCAGGCGUUGGCGCGUCCCUCGUGUCCCUGCUCCUGAUCGCGGCUGCCAUCGCGGGCUGGCACCGCCACCACCGCCGGGCCCCCAGGACCCCUCAGCACAGGAGCCCGGCGGUGCCACCCGACGAGGGGGAGGUGCUCUACAGCCACGUGGUGCCCGCCCAGGGGACAGCGGGGUCCCCGGGUGCCACCCCCGAGGUUCCCCAGGUGACCUACGCGGAGCUGGCGGCACCGCGGUGGCACCCGGGGGACAGCGGCGACUACGAGAACGUGCUGUGACGCCGGGGGGUGGCACCGGGUCCCCAAACGCCACCCCGGGGACAGCGGCGACACCCAGGAGAACGUGCUGUGACACCGGGGGGUGACACGGGGCGCGCGCACACGCGUGUCCCCUCGUCCCGGGGGUGCCCACCCUGCCCGUGGCACCAGGAGCCGGCUCUGUCCCCUCUCUGUGGCCACCAGGAGAUGUCCCCUGUGCCCUGCCCGCGGUGACACGCGGGGGUCCGCGGGGGGACACGGUGGGGACAGGAUGGGGACACUGGGAACAGGAUGGAGAUACCCUGGGGACACUCUGGUGACACUCUGGUGACACUCUG